AUGCCAGCGGCUCUCUCCGAGCGCCGCUACUGUGGCGGUGCCGCAACGCCAGCGGCCCCUCCUGAGCACCGCGACUACGCUGCGAAUAACCUCGCACGAUUGAACACGGCGCUGACGAGCGCCGCCCGCGAGGCAGUCGCCGCGCUGCUAGUGUCGGCGCGCGACCCUAACGUCGUGCUGCGCGCGCUCGACGCGCGCUUCGGGCGCCCAGAGAUCGUGGUGGCGCACGAGGUGGCUGCGCCGUCCAACCAAUGGCAACAGUUUGCCACCCCCACCCCGCGCUCUGUGCGCGACUCUGUCACGGCACUGACCGCCGCAGACCUACGUCUUGCAGAGGUUCACAUUCUACGCCAGUCGCAGUUGAACACAUUUCCUGAGGAGAUGGCCAGCCUAGAUAGCCAUCCCGCCCAGCUCUUGCCACGCACCAGCCGUUUAUCGAAGCUUUCGGUGACAAUGGGAGACGACGGACUUAUGCGUUUGUCCGGCCGUAUAGGAGCAGCGUCGUGCGUCCGUGACGAAAUGAAAAACCCCAUUGUGCUAGAUGGCAAAGAUCCAGCUGUGCGCCUGCUUGUCGAGCAUCAUCAUUGCAAGGCUGCCCACGGGAACACAGAGACCGUAGUUAACGAGAUGCGACAAGAUUAUCACCUUCUGUCAUUGAGAAGUACCGUCCGCAACAUUGCCUACAACUGUCUAUUUUGCCGAAUAUGCCGGGCUAAGCAGUUUCAACCCGUGACGGGAGAUCUUCCAGAAGCUCGCCUUGGGCAUCACAAACGGCCAUUCUCAUUUACAGGGCUGGAUUACUUCGGCCCAGUACAAGUCUCCGUUGGUCGAAGGCGUGAAAAAAGAUACGUCGCCCUUUACACCUGCCUCGUAGUUCGUGCGGUCCACCUGGAAGUGGUGGACAGUUUGUCAACUGACUCUGCUAUUAUGAGCCUCCGCCGAUUCAUCGCUCGAAGAGGUACCCCAUCAGAGCUGUGGUCAGAUAAUGGGACUGCAUUCGUCGGCGCUAGCCGUGAACUUCGACGUUUAUAUGACGAUGCUACGCCACAGUUCGCUGCUACGCAGAAGAUCAACUGGAGAUUCAUCCCGCCGUCGGCACCUUUCAUGGGUGGAAGCUGGGAAAGGCUGGUGAAGAGCGUGAAGGCAGCACUCAAGGUUACCCUGACCGAACGAGCUCCAACGGAUGAGGUGCUGAGAACCCUGCUGGCUGAGGCGGAGGCCCUGGUAAAUUCUCGGCCGCUCACUCACGUUUCCGUGGACCCUCAAAGCGAAGAGUCCCUGACGCCCAUGCACUUCCUGCUGGGUUCUUCAUCGGGACGUCCAAUACCAACGACAUCAACUGAAACGGAUUUACUGUCGCGAUCUAGCUGGCGUAAGGCCGUCAGAUUAUCGGAGUAUUUUUGGCGCCGUUGGCUAAAGGAAUACCUUCCGACCUUAACACCCAGACGUGGUCGAGGUGAAGUUCCACAGAUGGCAGUUGGUGACCUGGUGCUCAUUGCGGACGGCAAUACUCCCAGAGGUUCCUGGCCCCGUGGGCGCGUAACAGCAGUCUUCCCUGGUCCUGACGGGGUCAUUAGAGUUGCGGAUGUACACACUGCGGGAGGCACUUUGCGGCGGCCCCUGCGGAAGCUGGUGAAGCUCCCUCUUUAAUAAAAAAAGGGGGAAAUGUCGACGACGCACC